AUGAUACAAAACACUGGGAGAGAAGCCAGUGAAUCCGACCUAGAUUCAACUGAGAUUGAAACGAUCGAGGCUAAGAAAAAGUAUCACAAGCCUGCGAUUGGCAGAGCCAGCAUUAGCAAGGUUAUUAGCGAAACUGGUUGGUUCUACCAGUUUUGCUGUGGACAGUCCCCGUCCUGCUUGAAGGGAUAUCUCCGUCUACAGCAGACUUUACCUGAGUCGUCCGAGGGGUCUACUGACACAUCUUUCUCGGUCUAUCCCGCUGAAAUAUCACUUCAGGAGAUUUCCUUUCUUGUGAACCCAGGCACCCUUUCAAGCGUCUUUCCAAUCGUAUUCUCGAGCAUCCUUCCAGCCGGCAUCCGAGUUUUAUGCAAGCCGAACGAUGCUCUCAGCUCUGGCUUAUUUGAUUGGAGUCGGUAUACUUUAGUUCCUCUUGCAUGUUGA